AUGUUUACGAGCCGCGGUUGGUUCUCGUCAACCCCGAUGAAAUGUAAUGAUAGUAUAGUGAAUAACCGGGUGCAUGGAUGCGCUAUUGCUAAUGAGAAUAUUAAUUCUUGGUGUAAAGAUGUCCUUUUCCUUUCUUCAAUUCGCUCGCAAAUAACACGUCUCAUGUCGGAUAUAGGCUACACCAUGAUCUACGAGCCCAAUGGGGCGUCGAAGGCAUCGGUCAACGACUUCCGCAAGCUCCUCGAGAAGGGAAAAGACGAAGAAAAGAUCGAAGCGAUGAAACAAAUCUUGAUCACCAUCCUCAAUGGUGACCCUUUGCCCGACUUGUUGAUGCAUAUUAUUCGGUUUGUAAUGCCGCUGAAAAACAAGGAACUCAAGAAAAUGCUCUACUUCUACUGGGAAGUGUGUCCCAAGCUCGAUGCUCUGGGGAAAAUGAGACAGGAAAUGAUCUUGGUGUGCAAUGCUAUUCAGCGUGAUCUUCAACAUCCCAACGAAUAUGUUAGAGGAAACACCUUGAGAUUUUUGAGCAAGUUGAAGGAACCUGAUUUGUUGGAGACUUUGGUGCCCAACGUGAGACAAUGCUUGGAACAUCGUCAUGCGUAUGUUCGUAAAAAUGCUGUGUUUGCUCUUUACUCCAUCUACAAAGUAGCCGAGCAUCUUGCUCCCGAUGCUGACGAGUUGGUGUACCGGUUCUUGUACGAGGAACUGGACUCGGUGUGCCGGCGUAAUGCGUUUGUGUGUUUGGGUGACUUGAAUCGCGACGCUGCUCUCCAGUAUAUCCAGGAUAAUGUAGCGGUGAUCGAGACUUUGGAUCUGUUGAUUCAGCUUGCUUUCAUCGAGUUCUUGCGCCGUGAUGCUGCCCGCAAUCCAAGUAUGAAACCGCAGUAUACUCAGCUUCUCGAAGAGGUGAUCGAGUCUCCUUCGAACGUGGUGGUGUAUGAAGCAGCAAUUUCGUUGACCCUGUUGUCUUCGAGCUCCCACCACAUUCUUUUGGCAGCCAACAAAUUUGUCGAUUUGGCUACUAAGGAGACCGAUAACAACGUCAAAAUCAUCACGUUGGAGCGUAUCAACGACCUCAAUCGUGCCAAUCCCGGUGUUCUCCAAGACCUUUCGUUGGAGAUUUUACGGGUGUUGUCGUCUCAAGACUUGGACGUGCGCAAAAAGGCCAUCGAUGUCACUCUUCUGUUGAUCUCCAGCAGAAACGUGGAGGAUGUGGUGAAACUCUUGAAGAAAGAACUUCAAAAGAGCUCGCUGUCUGAGGAGGAAAAGUCAGCUGAAUACAGACAACUUUUGAUCAAUGCUAUCCACCAAUUGGCCAUUCGCUUCGUUGAGGUGGCCGCUAGUGUUGUUGAUUUGUUGCUCGAGUCGAUGGGUACUAUCAACACCGCUGCUGCCUAUGAGGUCAUCACGUUCGUCAAGGAAGUUGUAGAAAAGUUCCCUGAUCUUAGACAGCUGAUUAUCACCAGAUUGAUCGAUGCAUUGCCCUCCGUCAAGUCAGGUAAGGUUUUCCGUGGCUCGUUCUGGAUUAUCGGUGAAUACUGCGAAGAAGAAAAGUUGAUUCGUGAAGCUUGGAAGUAUUUGCGUUCCAGCAUCGGAGAGGUCCCAAUUGUUGCAAGCGAAAAAAGAUUGCAAGAGAAGGACAAUGAACAAGAAGAGGAAUCAUCUGGUAAACUGACAAAGAAACCAGUGGUUCUUCCAGAUGGCACAUAUGCCACUGAAAACGCAAUGACAGUGGAUGUGGUUCACCAAGAGGAAGAAAAGCCUCCAGUCCGCAAGCUUCUUUUAGGAGGCGACUUUUAUCUUGCCCUGGUGUUCUCUAGUACAUUGGUGAAGUUGAUUUUGAGAUUACAACGUCUUCAAACUCCUGAUAAACUCGUUAAUGCAUUGAAAGCUGAAGCACUCUUAAUAAUGGUUCUGAUUUUGCGAUUGGGAGAAUCGUCGUAUGUUACAAAGAAGAUUGACGAAGAUUCCGCUGAUAGAAUAUUUUCGUGUAUCAAGUAUUUGUCCGAUGAAGAAGAUGUCGAGCUCAUCCAGAAGAGUUUCUUGGAUGAAACAAAGGAUGCAUUCAGAAGCCAGAUCAAGAUUAGUGAGGAGCGCAAGGCAGAAGCUGAAGCCAAGGAUUUCCACGAUAAUGCAGAGCAGGUGGACGACUUGAUUUUGUUCCGUCAGCUCGAAAAGGACGUUGCUCGGAACGUCGAAAAUGAAGAUGUUACCUUGAUGGGAGCAAACAAGAAGGAAGACUUGAGUUCCAGAUUAAACAAGAUUCUUCAAUUGACUGGUUUCUCCGAUCCAAUCUAUGCUGAAGCAUAUGUUAAGGUACAUCAAUACGACGUUGUGUUGGAUGUUCUUUUGGUGAAUCAGACUACAAGCACAUUGCGCAAUUUGUCGGUAGAGUUUGCUACGUUGGGAGAUUUGACGGUGGUCGACAAAGCGGCUAGUGCAAACAUUGGACCUCAUGGAUUCCACAAAGUUCAAACUACAAUUAAGGUGUCUUCUGCCGAUACCGGAGUCAUUUUUGGUAACAUUGUUUACGAUGGCCAGCACUCGGAUGAGUCUACAAUUGUCAUCUUGAAUGAUGUGCACGUUGAUAUUAUGGACUAUAUCAAGCCGGCGGUGUGCUCUGAAAGUUCGUUCCGUAAGAUGUGGAACGAAUUUGAAUGGGAGAACAAGAUCACUAUAAAGUCGCAAAUGAAGUCGUUGAAGGAAUACUUGGACGUUCUUAUGUCCGGCACCAACAUGAAUUGUCUUACUCCGGGAGCAGUGGUGGGACAAGAGUGUCUGUUCUUGUCGGCCAAUUUGUAUUCUCGAUCCUCAUUUGGAGAAGAUGCUUUAGCCAACUUGUGCAUUGAGCAGCAGAGUGACGGACCAAUCAUUGGUCAUGUGAGAAUAAGAUCCAAGGGACAAGGAUUAGCAUUAUCGUUGGGAGAUCGAGUUGCGGCCAUUUCGAAGAACAACCAGACUGCCAAGGUGCAAAAGGUUUAA